ACGUGGAAAGAUGGACGCAGCCUGAUCCCGGCGGAGCCAAGGGGCGUGUGGGGUGUCCGGAGAGCGAGCCCGCCCGUCCGACCGUCAGCCGCUGCCCCUCACCCCCUCCCACGGGAGCAGGAGCCAGUGCUCUAAUCUACCUUGUUUAAAGGAAAAGAGGAUCCGUUUGGCUCAUUCUGGCAAUCUUCAAGUUCCAAAGGCUUCUGAUGAAGGAAUGAAGCUUUAAAAAGGAACUUACAAAAUAAGAAAAUGGGUGCAAACAGUAGCAGCAUUUGUGAGCUCCCAGAAAAUGUGUACUUAAAAAGAUUAUCAGGAGCCGAGGCUGUCUCUGAAAAUGACCCAUUCUGGAAUCAGCUGCUUUCUUUUAGCUUUACUGCCCCAACAAGCAGUGCUGAGUUAAAGCUGUUGGAAGAAGCCACCAUCUCAAUCUGCAAGUCUUUAGUUGAGAACAAUCCUCGAACAGGAAAUCUUGGGGCAUUGAUUAAAGUCUUCCUUUCCAGAACCAAAGAGUUAAAAAUUUCAGCGGAAUGUCAAAACCAUCUUUUUAUUUGGCAGGCCCACAAUGCAUUGUUCAUUAUUUGCUGUUUGUUAAAAGUGUUCAUAUGUCAGAUGUCAGAAGAGGAACUGCAACUUCAUUUUACUUACGAGGAGAGAAUGCCAGGCUCAUAUGGAGUGGAAUGUGAAGACCUUAUAGAAGAGUUGCUGUGUUGCCUCAUUCAGCUCAUUGUUGAAAUUCCCCUUCUAGACAUAACAUACAGCAUUUCCCUGGAAGCUGUGACGACACUUGUUGUCUUCCUUUCCUGCCAACUAUUUCACAAGGAAAUUCUGCGAGAGAGCGUCAUUCAUAAAUACCUGAUGCGUGGCCGAUGUCUCCCAUACACCAGCAGACUUGUGAAAACAUUAUUAUAUAACUUCAUUAGACAAGAGAGAAGCCCUCCCCCAGGUUCCCAUGUCUUCCAGCAGCAGACAGAUGGAGGAGGAUUGCUUUAUGGUUUUGCAUCUGGGGUGGCAACUGGCCUGUGGACGGUAUUCACGUUAGGUGGAGUAGGAAGUAAACCAGCACCACAGCAAGAACAGUCAUCGCCGUUAGCUAAUCAGAGCCUUCUGCUUCUGCUUGUGCUAGCUAAUUUGACUGAUGCUCCAGAUACACCAAACCCGUACAGACAAGCUAUUAUGUCCUUCAAGAACACACAAGAUAGCACUGCUUUUCCUUCACCAAGUCCACAUGCUUUCCAGAUUAAUUUUAACAGUUUGUACACAGCUUUGUGUGAACAGCAGAAAUCUGAUCAAGCAACUCUCCUUUUAUACAUAUUACUGCAUCAGAACAGCAAUGUUCGGACAUAUAUGUUGGCUCGCACUGAUAUGGAAAACCUUGUUUUGCCAAUUCUUGAGAUUCUCUAUCAUGUUGAAGAAAGGAAUUCACACCAUGUUUACAUGGCUCUUAUAAUUUUGUUGAUCCUUACAGAGGAUGAUGGCUUCAAUCGAUCCAUUCAUGAAGUGAUAUUGAAAAAUAUCACUUGGUACUCAGAGCGUGUUCUAACCGAGAUUUCACUGGGGAGUCUCCUGAUACUGGUGGUGAUAAGAACCAUUCAGUACAACAUGACAAGGACAAGGGACAAAUACCUUCAUACAAAUUGUCUGGCAGCCUUAGCAAAUAUGUCAGCACAGUUCCGCUCACUUCAUCAGUAUGCUGCUCAGAGAAUCAUCAGUUAUGCCUGCCGCCACUUGCGGAGAUAUGUAUAUGUCUUGGACAAACUGUAUUUCCCUCACUCUCACUGCUCUACGCUGCAGCAUUGCUUCUCGACCCUCAGUGACAAUGGAGAGGAACUUUUGUCUUUAACUUGUUCUCACAUUCUCAGAUCCUAUGCUUCCAGUUUGUUUUCUUUGUUGUCUAAAAAACACAACAAAGUUUUGGAGCAAGCCACGCAAACCUUGAGAGGCUCCCUCAGUUCAGAUGACUCUCCACUUCCUGAUUACGCACAAGACCUGAAUGUGAUUGAAGAAGUGAUCAGAAUGAUGUUAGAGAUUAUCAAUUCCUGCUUGACAAAUUCUCUCCAUCACAACCCCAAUUUGGUGUAUGCACUGCUUUACAAGCGGGAUCUGUUUGAGCAGUUUCGAACUCACCCUUCCUUCCAGGACAUAAUGCAAAAUAUAGACCUGGUGAUCGGCUUUUUCAGCUCACGGUUAGAGCAAGCCGGAGCCCAGCUGUCAGUGGAGAGAGUUCUGGAAAUUAUCAAACAAGGAGCUGUUGCAUUGCCCAAAGACAGACUAAGAAAAUUCCCAGAACUGAAGUUUAAGUAUGUGGAGGAGGAGCAGCCUGAAGAGUUCUUCAUCCCCUAUGUCUGGUCGCUGGUGUACAAUUCCGCUGUGGCCCUGUACUGGAACCCACAGGACAUCCAACUUUUUACGAUGGACUCUGGCUGAGGGAGAAGCAGCUAAACAGCAGAGCCAGCUCUGCUCUGUCUUAUCACAGGUGAAGAAACUCGAAACUGCGUGUGAAUACGUGACCCCUCCCAGCGUGCGUCCUCUAAACCUGAAGCUUAGUGAGAAUGAAGCUUGCUACUAUUGUACAGAGCGACUUUGACAUUUUGGUCCCAGACUGCAGCAGACACACUGGAAGCAGAUUGUGGUGUGGGAGAGAAACUGACAAGCUUGGUUGCAAACUUUUAUUUCUAUUUCGUAAAACCUAGAGCUUAUCCAAUGAAAAUGAGGCCUUAGACAUGCAGUGUGAUGUUACCACCACCAAGAAAACUGAUAGCUUUUAAAACUAAAACGGGGAAAAGAGAAAAUAGAGGGUGUACGUUGAUUUGGAAGUAGCAUUUCUAUUUUUAUUACCUUUGACUUCUUUGAGUCAAAGUCUUUGAACACCAUCAUUUUCUACAAUGGACUGUUCAUCUCACCAGUACCACAUCUCCUCUCAUGGCCAUUUAUUUUGGUGACGUUGUAAUGUCUACAAUCUCUAAAAUAUCCAUAUUAAUGCCAUCUGAGUGAGCUAGGCUGCAUUUUAAUCAAAUGAUGUUUCCAGACAGAGAAGAUACUGUGGUGUGGGGAGGAGGGUUUUCAGCUGGGAGACUUUUCUUUUGAAGAGCUAUCAAAACACUUUUGAUGGUUAAUACUCUUUAAGGGGCUUGAAUCACUAGCUUCCAAAGGAAAGUCCCUCACAGACUCACAAUAUGGUACUUCUGUACAAAAGCUUUUCCUGGAAAUUGAUCACAUAAACAAAUCUCCAGAGCAAAGUGUUUAAUUUUGUAAAAGUAGAGCUAUGCCACAUAAAAAGUUUGUGCGCUUUCAGCAGUGUCUGAUGGGAAUCCCUGAUGAAGCUUUGUUAAAAAUCCCCUUUUUGCUGCUAAAGGGAUUAUAGCAGAGGUAUGGAUUUAACACAGUGUGGAACGCUUCAAAAUGAAUGUUUUAAAGUAUUCUUUCCUGGUGGACCUAGCGUAAUGAAAAUAAUUAAAAUACUCUCUCUGCAGGUAGAAAACCAAAGGAAAUAGGUUGACAUUAUUUUAACAGAAUGUCUUUCCCCCCCUGCAUAUUAAGGAUCUGUUUGUCUCUGGGACAAGCUCCUGACAGUGUUCACUUCCACAUGCUCACAGAAACUCCUGCUACACCUUGGGCUGUUUUGUGGAAGUCUCUGUCACUAAAUCAAGUGUACUGCAUGCCAACAUAUAAAGAUAAGAGAGUUCAUUCUUACACAUAUAUGGCAAAUCCCGCAAUUCACUGCCUGACCCAGCAUGUUCUGUUUACAGACUCGGAGGAUAGUGCACAUUCGCUUUCCUCUGAGUGGCUUUAAACAGAGAUUCCUGUGCUCGUUUUUCUUUUGCUGAAGAAGCUGGCAUUGUCCUUUUUUUACCUGCUUGUUUGGAAGCAAAGUCCUUGUGGACAAAUGGAACUGCUGGGUUUUCAAAAAACUCCUUUCCCUAUUUAAUUAAAACUGUAAGUACAAAGAGCCGUGCAUAGCAUAGGCAUUCCUAGCGCUUUCGAGUAGCGGUAGUUUUGGGAAGAGGCAACAUGAAGACAGGAGCUGCGACUCUUUUGAGUGUAAAAUAUGGGAAACAAUUGAAGUGUGACUUAAGAUAGGGGUAUGUUUGUGCUACAUUUUGGGGUGGUUUGGUUUUUUACCUCUCUGAACAAAAGUCAAAGGGGAAUGAAGGCUUUUGUGUUUGUUGUAGUGAUUUGUAAUUUUACCUUUAAAUAAAGGACUAGAGUGUUUGUGAGCCAGGAGAGGUGCACUGCCCUUAGAAUGGUCAUUCUAACAGUGCACUUUGAAACUGUGGAUUCUGAGACUAACUGGAUGGUUCAGUUCUUCAAGUGACUUAACCACACUGAGAGUCUGGUCUUGCCAAGUAAAGCGCAUCCUCCACCCCCACUGAUUUCAGGGUAGCUGGGGACAUCCAGGACCUCCCAGUUAUUGGCUGGUGUGUCAACUUUGAGAGAAUCUGAUUUUCUUUAAAAGAAUUUUGUAUAAGCACAGGGGUGCAUAAAGCAGCAAUCGGAUAUAGGUCAAACAAGACACUGAGUCGAUGAAGGAGUCGUGUAAUAAUUUCAGUUUGUCCUCCUAAUGACAUUGCACUAACGUAAACGAGAAGCGUGCUGGUUCCAGUGCCAUACUUUUCUUGUGCAGUUAAUUAAAAUGCAAUGUGUAUGGAGCCAGCAGGUUUGUAACAGCGGGAGCCAGAAUCCAAAGUUGAAGCAGUAGAGCAAGCCAAGUUUAUGCUGAAAUCCGUCCUGGUAUGAUUGAUUCUUUCAAGUUUCCGAGCAUUAUACAGGUAUAGAAAUGUCUUGGAGUCUGCAGUCUGAUGCGUUCACAAAUACUCUAUUUUCCUUCAGAUCUGUAAAGUACCACCUGAGGGAUCCUUUUCAUUAUUUUUGUGUGAAAGAUUUAUUAUGUAGUAAUAAAAAAACUAAACACAGA